CAUUUGUAAUGAGUCAAUUAUUCUUUUUCAGACAAGAAACAAAACGAAACCGGAAGAAGUUCUACGACACCUGGACAGAUUUAUGUACGCGUGUAGUCGAGUAAAGAGGAAAGAAAAGAAAAAGCGCUCUUCCGGCUUCUUUUACCGGGGACACUGCACACACCCUAGUAUAUAAACUUGAUCCCGUCAUCCACUUAAUGCAGUUGUGUUCGACACUUUUGGAAAGACACAAGUAACGUUUUGAAAAAGUGAAAAAAAUGUUUCCUGUUUCUGGACAAAUAGUUUUCGUCGUGUUCUUCGCCGUCGGUGCACUUUCAGCAGACAUCCACUCAGACAAUGGAAUCGGCCAGCCAGAAGAGAACAUCAGCGAGACUGCUGCAAGCCACCAGCCAAGAUUCGGUCUGCCCAUCAGCUACGGAAAUGAUUUACAAGGCUUUAACUCAGGAAUGACUCAAACACCGGUCAAAAUUGAACUUGGAGGAAUAUUUUUGGGUACGCUCAUUGGAUUAGGUGCCGUUUUAAUCGUACCCAAGUUGGCCCACUUAUUUUCUUCUCACAACUCUGGCCAUGUUGGUUAUUCUGGUAGCAGCUAUUCUAGAGCUGAUAAUGACAACGUUAUGGUCGGGAUCAAACGUUUCAUUUCUCGGAUUGAUGAAACACUUCAAGCCAAUAAGAUCGACUCGACAGCCUGUUUGGAACGAGCAGUCUGCACCUCCACCCAAUUCUUAAGCCAGAAAACCGCCGAUGACCUUAUCGUAUCAGCAGCCAACUCUUCCGUUGUCAACUUCAUCAUCGAUGGCUCUAAACUGAAGACAGCUCUGGAAAAAGGGCUGAAUCGGGAAAACUGUACAAACGCAUAUCCUCAGUGCGCGUUUAACAAGAAUUCAUUGAUGAUGGGCUUGAAGACCAUGAUGUCGAGCAAUACAAUUUAGUCCUGGGAUGUGUUCCGAGACGAAAUCAUCAGUAGAGUAGUGGAUUAAUGAUCUAUUAAUAUCGUUAGUCACAGUAAACUUGAUUGUAAAUAAAAUUGUUAAAGUUACUUGUUUGUCUAUAUUACUAAUAAACA